AUGAAAGAAGCCCAAUUAAUACAACAGCAAAAUGACACUGAAAUUAAACCAGAAAAUGUUAUUAUUCUUCAAGGUCAUCAAAGUGAAGUUUUUUCUUGUGCAUGGAAUCCUGUACUUCCUUCACUUCUUGCAUCAGGUUCUGGUGAUGCUACAGCAAGAAUAUGGCAAGUUCCAGAAGGAAAAGAUAAAGCUUCUGAACCUAUAGUUUUAAAUCAUUUACCUAAUAUGAAUGAUAAUAAGGAUGUUACAACACUUGAAUGGAAUCCUUCAGGAAGUUUAUUAGCAACAGGCUCAUAUGAUGGCCAGGCGCGUAUCUGGACACAAAAAGGACAAUUAAGAUUUGUUAUGGGACAUCAUACAGGGCCCAUUUUCUCUUUAAAAUGGAAUAUGAAAGGUGAUCUUAUAUUAAGUGGAAGUGCAGAUACGACAACUAUUAUAUGGGAUCCUGAAACGGGAGAAAUGAAGCAACAAUACGAAUUACAUAGCUUGGCCAUUCUUGAUGUUGAUUGGAUGGAUAAUACGACCUUUGCAUCAUGUUCUUCAGAUAAAACUAUCUAUGUUUGUAAAGUAGGAGCGAGUAAGCCAUUAAAGAAAUGGGUUGGACAUGAAGAUGAAGUAAAUGCAGUACGAUGGGAUCCUAGUGGACAGUACUUGGCUUCUUGUUCUGAUGAUAUGACUACUAAAAUUUGGAGUUUAAAUAGUGAUGGACCUAUUCAAAACUUGAAAGGACAUAACCUUCAAAUCUAUACGUUACAAUGGGCACCUUGUUCAAAUAAUAGUACGACACCAUCAUCCACUAUUUUAGCAACUGCAAGUUUUGAUUCUACAGUACGUAUUUGGGAUGCAAUUAAUGGUACUUGUCUUCAUGUGCUUAAGAAUCAUAGUGAAGCAGUAUAUUCAAUUUCCUUCAGUCCUGAUGCUCGUUUAUUGGCCUCUGGUAGUUUCGAUGAAGUGUUGAAUGUUUGGGACUCAAAGGAUGGGAUUCUAAAAAAGACUUUCAAGACAAGUGGUGGUAUAUUUGAAGUUCAUUUUAAUAAGGAUGGUGAUAAGCUGGCUGCAUGCACUUCUAAUAAGCAAGUUGUUAUUUUAAACCAUAUGAGCUCUUAA